AUGUUAGUCACAGAGAAACAACUAGUAAAGAAACCAUCUAUCCAGUCGCUAGAUUCAUUUCCGUUAUCUAAUCACCACUCCAUAAAAAAUUUCGCCAAAUCCAUCAUUUUAUCCAUCGCUGAUUCCGGUGUGAGUUUGAGUCGAUCUGGAUCUAUCAUGAACAGCUCUACCAGUUCACGCAAACCAUCUGUUGAUAAUAUCACUUGUGAUAUGUUAUCCAGCAAUGACAAUGAAGAAACCAAUCGUAUGGUGGCCCAGCAUUAUAUUUUACGCAGCGCCUUUGACGGCGUCGAUUUUUCCGCACCUAUCAAUAAAUUAUUAUCUGAAGAUGAUACGGUCGUUUUAGAUGUCGGAUGCGGAUCCGGAACUUGGACUAUGGAAACAGCAACUCGUUUCCCACAUGCCCAGUUCAUCGGUAUCGACAAGAAGCCUUUAUUUCCUCAGUAUAUCAAGCCGAGAAAUUGUAAAUUUAAAUUGUUUGAGAUUACAGAUAAUGUUCAACAAGUCAAAUUACCUUUCGAUGAUGCUUCUGUGGAUUUCAUAUUUCAACGAGACUUAAAUUGGGGAUUGACAGAAGCCACUUGGUUACCACUUGUGACGGAAUAUUUUCGAAUCUUAAAGCCAGGUGGAUGGAUCGAGUUAGUAGAGCCAGACUAUGAAACCUACAGUGGUUCAUCCCGUGAAGACUUAUUAAUUAAUAAAAUGAUUGACUCUUUUUAUUUACGCCGACAAGACCCCUUUGUCUCUAAAAGGCUUUCUUCUUACAUGGCUACUGUCGGAUUUCGAGGAAUUCAAAGCGACUUUAAAUCAAUACCGUUAGGAUGGGGUUUCCAAAAACUCUUUCACGGAAAGAAACAAAGAACUACACUUCGAUGUUCAGAGUAUGCAAGAGCAGCAGCCAACAGCCGACUUGAAUUGUUACAAUCAUUGCAGCCAUGGUUUUCACGUGAAAAGAAUAUUAGCAAAUCGAAAUAUGAAACCUUGCUUGGUCAAUUACCUGAUCAAUGGUAUAAAUCUAAAGCAUACACAAACUGGCACAGAACUACUGCUCAAAAGCGAUUUUUUAACUGA